AUGUAUCUGUUGAUGUAUCACAUGGAUCAGCAACCAGAAGUUGCAAAUUUCUGUAGGUUUAUGCCAUAUUCAGCUAAAGCAAUAUUGAAAGGGAUCAUCCCCGAGGAGUACGUGCUGACCCGCCUGGCCGAGGAUGUCCCGGACCACGCCCGCUACCGCGCCCGGGAGCGCAGGGCCCGCUUCGUGGGCAAGAACGGCACCUGCAACGUGGCCCACAAGAACAUCCGCGAGCAGGGCCGCUUCCUGCAGGACGUCUUCACCACGCUGGUGGACCUCAAGUGGCCGCACACGCUCAUCAUCUUCACCAUGACCUUCCUGUGCAGCUGGCUGCUCUUCGGCAUGACCUGGUGGCUCAUCGCCUUCGCCCACGGGGACCUGGACCACAGCACCCAGCUGCUGGCCGGGACCGGGGAGGAGGCGGGCGGCUUCGUGCCCUGCGUGACCAGCAUCCACUCCUUCACCUCCGCCUUCCUCUUCUCCAUCGAGGUGCAGGUGACCAUCGGCUUCGGCGGCCGCAUGGUGACCGAGGAGUGCCCGGCCGCCAUCCUGGUGCUGAUCGUGCAGAACAUCGUGGGGCUGGUGAUCAACGCCAUCAUGCUGGGCUGCAUCUUCAUGAAGACGGCCCAAGCGCACCGCCGGGCAGAGACGCUCAUCUUCAGCAAGCACGCGGUGAUCGCCCUGCGGGAGGGCAAGCUCUGCUUCAUGCUGCGGGUGGGCGACCUGCGCAAGAGCAUGAUCAUCAGCGCCACCAUCAGCAUGCAGGUGGUGAAAAAGACCACCAGCGUGGAGGGCGAGGUGGUGCCCCUCAACCAGAUCGACAUCCAGAUGGAGAACCCGGUGGGGGGCAACAGCAUCUUCUUGGUCUCCCCGCUCAUCAUCUACCAUGUGAUAGACAAAAACAGCCCCCUCUACGACAUCUCCCCCCUGCACCUUCACCACCACGAGGACCUGGAAAUCAUUGUCAUCUUAGAAGGGGUGGUGGAGACCACUGGUAUCACCACCCAAGCCAGGACCUCUUACCUGGCUGAUGAAAUCCUCUGGGGCCAAAGGUUUGUGCCCAUCGUGGCCGAGGAAGACGGUAGAUACUCGGUGGACUACUCUAAGUUUGGCAACACAGUGAAAGUGCCCACCCCUUCUUGCACUGCCAGGCAGCUGGAGGAAGACAGGAGCAUCAUAGACUCCAUCCCGUUGUCACCUAAAGUCACCAGCAGGAAGAGAUCUAUCAAGUUAAAGCCCAAAUUCAGCAUAACUGAUGAGCCUUCCUGACACUGUUUUGAGGAAAGAUGCAAUAGCUAAGAACACUGAGGUGGCCUCUUAUUUUACUUAGCCAGGUUGGUAGCACAAGUUGUGUGUAGUAUUAUUUAUUGCAGGGUAAAUUAAAGUUAAUUUUAUUUUUUUAAAGGUGUCUGACAUUUUAGGUAACAUUGGGCAUGGGGAAAUUUUUAUUUGAUUGCUUGUAAUUUCAGUUCAGACCGUCUUGUUUAUUUGCAUGAUCGUUUUGGAUUGAUUCAGCCACACUGAAGAAUGCCUUUUCUUGACAAGUAAAUUUAUCUGUAGCCUAGCAGGUUGCAUUAUUUAUGGUUUGCAAUGCCUCUCAUAAAGUUGAUGUUUUUAAACUGGUUUUAUAAACAUAAACAUAAUCAGAACACAGGCAGAAGGUCUUCAAUAAUAAUUAUUAAAGUUAAAUGGAGUUUAAUAACAAAAAGACAAUGCAGUAAAAUUUGCACCAAAAGUUCAGAUAUGAAGGUUUCUAUUUAGGUUAUGGUGCUUUAUGUCUACAAGAAAUAAACUUACAGAUUUAUUUA